CUCCGGCGCGCUGGGUAGACCAAGAGUGGGUGGGGGCUAUCUGGAUUCCUGGAGCUCUGAUCUGUACAACCCUGGGGGCUCCGGCCUAUAUCCACUACCCUAGUCUCACUGAUUAAGAGCUGAGGCUCUUGAACCAGACGAGGCUCUAAAUCUGGUCGUUUAAUAAAGCCUACUAGAUGUGUGACCUCGAACAAGUCAUUUAACCUCACUUUUCCUAUUUAUAAAAUAGACUAGUACCUAAGGUUAAGUGCAUGAACCAUGAGGCCAGACUGCCUAGUUCAAAUUCCAACUCUACUAAACUAGUUAUGUGACCUUGGACAGGCUACUUAAUGUUGCUGUCCCUCAAUUUCCUCAUCAGUAAAAAGCAAAUGAUAAUUAUCUACCUUAUGGAGUUGUUUGAAGACUAAAUGAUAUGUGAAGUGCCUGAUGCAUAGCCCUCAAUAAGUGCCAGGCAGAAUUAUUAUUGUUAUUAUUAUUAUUACUUUUAUUAUUACCCUGGUCCUCACAUCCCACCCCUGGGACUGUGAAGGCAGGUGUAAUGGAAAUUCACAAAUUCCUAAGCCUUGGCGCCAAGCUGCUGUCCUUGACAUCUUUUUGUCCAGACGGGCAGGGGUACAUUGGAAAUCAGUGCACAUCCAAAGAAGAUGGAAUAUCCUGGGUGGUGGUUGAAAUAGGGCUCUCCAGGAAAAAAGAUCCAUUUUGUAACCCGCCUCCCCAUGGCCUCCCUUACACAGGACUGGGAUGAUCUUCCUACAGUUUCCCUUGGUCCUGACCCUGUCUUAGCCCCCUGGCUCUGACAUCGUCUAGAUUUGGGUCCACACAUCUGCCAGGUGUGGGCUCAGUGCUAGAGGCUGAGGAUUCAAGAUGGACAAGACACCCUCAACCUUUAGGGAGCUUAGUCUAGUAGAGCACUGCUUAAUCUUUUUUAAAAUUUUUAUUUAUUUAUCUUUAGAGGGGAAGGGAAGGAGAGAGGGAGAGAAAUAUCAAUGUAUGGCUGCCUCUUGUGGGUCCCCUGCUGGGAACUGGCCUGCAACCCAGGCAUGUGCCCUGACUGGGAAUCGAACCGUGAUCCCUUGCUUCACAGGCCCACACUCAAUCCACUGAGCUACACCAGCCAGGGCUGCUUCUUAAUCUUGAACGUGCUUAUGAUCACCUGGAAUCUGGUUAAAAUACAAAUUCUGGUUCUAUCAGUCUGAGGUAGGACCUGAGACUCUGCAGUUCUAACAAGCUCCCAGGUGACGCUGAUAAAACUGGUUCAAGAUGUAGAGGAUUUUACAAACUAGUAGAGUAACCGGAGACUAAAUCAGGAUAGCUAACUGCUUGGCAACUUGAGGUGGUCUCCGCCCCUUCUUGCUCGCCGAGGUUUCCUCCCAGGAAUCCGCCACGUGACAGUUGGACCGCCGUCUAAGCGCCAUGGCUCCCAAAAAGCCGCUCUGUUUUCCCUCCUUGCUGCUGCUGCCCCUGACGCUACUGCUGCUCCAGGCAGACAGUCGGUCGUUCGUAGUGGAUUGGGAUCAUGAUAGAUUCCUCCUGGACGGGGUUCCGUUCAGCUACGUGUCUGGCAGCCUUCACUACUUUCGGGUACCUCGGGUGCUUUGGGCAGACCGGCUUUUCAAAAUGAGAAUGAGUGGCCUCAACGCCAUACAGUUUUAUGUGCCCUGGAACUACCAUGAGCCAGAGCCUGGGGUCUAUAACUUUAAUGGCAGCCGGGAUCUCCUGGCAUUUCUGAAUGAGGCAUCUUUAGCGAACCUGUUGGUCAUACUGAGACCAGGACCUUACAUCUGUGCGGAGUGGGAGAUGGGGGGUCUCCCAGCCUGGUUGCUUCGUAAACCUAACAUUCGCCUGAGAACCUCAGAUCCAGACUUCCUUGCUGCAGUGGACUCCUGGUUCAAGGUCUUGCUGCCCAAGAUAUAUCCAUGGCUCUACCACAAUGGGGGCAACAUCAUUAGCAUUCAGGUGGAGAAUGAAUACGGUAGCUAUAGGGCCUGUGACUUCAGCUACAUGAGGCACCUGGCUGGGCUCUUGCGUGCACUGCUGGGGGAGAAGAUCUUGCUCUUCACCACAGAUGGGCCUGAAGGACUCAGAUGUGGCUCUCUGAAGGGACUCUAUACCACUGUAGAUUUUGGCCCAGCUGAAAACAUGACCCAAAUGUUUGCCCUGCAGAGGGUGUAUGAACCCCACGGGCCAUUGGUGAACUCUGAGUACUACACCGGCUGGCUGGAUUACUGGGGCCAGAAUCACUCCACACGGUCGGUUAGAGCGGUAACCGAAGGACUAGAGAACAUGCUGAAGUUGGGAGCCAGUGUGAACAUGUACAUGUUUCAUGGAGGUACCAACUUUGGAUACUGGAAUGGUGCCGAUGAGAAGGGACGCUUCCUUCCGAUUACUACCAGCUAUGACUAUGAUGCGCCAAUAUCUGAAGCAGGGGAUGCCACACCUAAGCUUUUUGCUCUUCGAAAUGUCAUCAGCCAGUUUCAGGAAAUUCCCUUGGGACCUUUACCUCCCCCCAGCCCUAAGAUGAUGCUCGGACCUUUGACCCUGUACCUGGAUGGAUAUUUGCUGGAUUUUCUGCACCUCCUGUGCCCCCAAGGGCCCAUCCAUGCAAUGUUGCCAAUGACCUUCGAGGCUGUCAAGCAGGACCUUGGCUUCAUGUUGUACCGGACCUAUCUAAGCCACACUGUUUUUGAGCCAGCACAGUUCUGGGUGCCGAACAGUGGAGUCCAUGACCGUGCCUACGUGAUGGUGGAUGGGGUGUUUCAGGGUGUUCUGGAACGAAACACUAAACACAAACUAUUUUUGACGGGGAAGAUGGGGGCCAAGCUGGAUGUCUUGCUGGAGAACAUGGGGAGGCUCAGUUUUGGGUCUAACCACAGUGACUUCAAGGGCCUAUUAGAGCCACCAGUUCUGGGGCAAACGAUCCUUACCCAGUGGCUGAUGUUCCCUCUGAAAAUUGAUAAGCUUGUAAAGUGGUGGUUUCCCCUCCAAUUGCCAAAAAGUUUGCAUCCUCAAACUCCCUCUGGCCCCACCUUCUACUCUACAACAUUUCCAGUUUUAGACUCAGGCGGAGACACAUUUCUCUUCCUACCUGGAUGGACCAAGGGCCAAGUCUGGAUCAAUGGGUUUAACUUGGGUCGGUACUGGACAAAGAGGGGGCCACAACAGACCCUCUACGUGCCAAGACCCCUGCUGUUUCCUGGGGGAGCACUCAAUAAAAUCACAUUGCUGGAGCUAGAAAAUGUGCCUCCCCAACCCCAAAUCCAGUUCCUGGAUAGUCCUAUCCUCAAUAGCACCUUGCAUAAGACAUAUAUCUAUUCCCUCUCAGAUGAUACACAAAGUGCCCCUGAACCAAUGGAGUUAAGUGGGCACUGAAAGAAAGGUUAACCC